AUGUCACUUACCAAUACAAAGCAGCAACUUGCUGAAGCCAUUAAAUUAUAUGAACAUAUCGAGUCUAAAGUGAAACAAAAUAACCUGGAAGCUUAUACAGAAGACGAGUGGCGUCAAUUCUUAAAUGAUAUUGGCUACCAAACAGCUCGUUUGAUCCAAAUAAGCCGUCAUAUCGACAAUCCAGAUCGCAUACAGUUGUUAAACAAAAAGCAAGCCAAACUCAAACGACACAAAGCAUGGAAGAAACAACACAAGAAGCGUACGCGUCUACAGAAACUUCAAGAAGCCAGAAGAAGUGCGAAAUGGAUCAAAGAAACUGAAAUGAAAGUGAUCAUGUCACCAUCUGUCAUUGCACAAAAACAAAAAGAGCAAAAACAGGCAACAAAGACAACAAAAGAAGAUGCUCGCAAGUCAAAGGUGAGGGAAUUAUCCAGGAUGCUCAAUGCACUUGUUCAACUACGAGACUUGAGACGAAAAAAACUCGAGUCCAAAGGUCAUUUCUUUGCUGAGAGCGGCAACCAGUUCUUUAACAAGGUGAAAGAAUGGCAUGAAGCUAAUACAGAAAUAGAAACCAAACAAGAACAGCCUCAAACAGAACUUGCCAUUCAUCCAAAUGAUGUCUGGCAACAUACAGCCAUUGAUAAAGAAGCUUAUGCCUAUUGGUGUGCUGCAGACCAAACACUUGAUCGUCUAUUGGACAUACGUCGACAAUGGGAUCAUUAUAUUUUAUUUGACGGAAACGAUCAAGACGUUCAGCAUAAAGUACCGCCUAUGUUUGUUCAGCCAUCUCCUCCUGCCAAUCCUAUUUGGGCUUCCUAUCUAUUAUAA